AAAUGGCACUGCGCAUGAGCGGAAGUUGGUGCAGGACGGAGAGGGAUUGCGGAAGAGGGAAUCUGGAAAUCACAAACAUGAACAAGCUGAAAUCCUCUCAGAAGGAUAAAGUUCGCCAGUUCAUGAUCUUUACCCAGUCAAAUGAGAAAACAGCAUUGAAUUGUUUGUCUCAAAAUGAUUGGAAACUAGAGGUGGCUACAGACAACUUUUUCCAAAACCCCGACCUCUAUGUACAGGCGCUAAAGGCAACAUUAGACCGGAAAAGGUUAGAACAGCUCUACAAUCGCUACAGAGACCCUCAAGAUGAUAACAAGAUUGGUAUAGAUGGGAUCCAACAGUUCUGUGAUGACCUGGGUCUCGAUCCAGCAAGUAUAAGUGUACUACUAAUUGCUUGGAAGUUUCGGGCUGCAACACAGUGCGAGUUCAGCAAACAAGAAUUUAUAGAGGGAAUGGCUGAGCAAGGGUGUGACAGCAUAGAGAAACUCAAAGCACAACUGCCCAGGAUGGAGCAAGAGUUAAAAGACCAUGGGAAAUUUAAAGACUUCUAUCAGUUCACGUUCAACUUUGCCAAGAAUCCAGGACAAAAGGGCUUAGACCUAGAAAUGGCAAUUGCAUACUGGAAUUUAAUAUUGGCUGGGCGUUUUAAAUUUCUAGAUCUAUGGAACAAAUUUUUAUUGGAGCAUCAUAAGCGAUCCAUUCCCAAAGACACAUGGAACCUUUUGUUAGAUUUCAGCACGAUGAUCACAGAUGAUAUGUCAAACUAUGAUGAGGAGGGUGCGUGGCCAGUUCUUAUUGAUGACUUUGUGGAGUUUGCACGGCCAUACAUUGGCACCAAGAGUACAGCUGUAUAAGUACAUUCCUUCUGAGGGACGUCUGGACCUCACAGGGGAAAAACAAAAAACACACAGCUUCUGCUGAGCACAGAGGACUGAACUGAGAUCUGUGUUGCCUUUUCCAAGCCCUCAGGACUGAGACAUUUAUACAAACCAGAGACAUUGCAAAGGCAUCUUUUUCUCUUCAGUCAUUAAAUGGUGGUUUGGGCUUUUUAUCUUUUGCGCCGAUUUAUGUUUCGACUUCAUGCAGGAACCAAAUCGAUCUCUGUUCAUAUCCAGUUGAAACAGUUCGACAUGAGCAAGCUGUCACGGAUACAAUUACAUGUACAACGACAUCUUAAUCCUUUCCCAGGGCUCAGUUAGGAAAUUCAUAAUCUUAAUUUUAAUACUUCAUGUGCAUUCUUGCUUUGAAUGUUUGUCUCUUUUCAAUUGGUUUUUAUGGAAAUUAUAAGUCAAUGAAUUUUGAUUGUACUCUCUUUUUUUUAUGAAACAUAGUAGCUGGUGUCUUGAAAGCCAGUGAAAUAUUUUUGUUUGUUUUAUUGUGAAAAUGUACUUUUUUUCUGUUGAUAUCCAGACAAUUAUUUCAUAUUGCUUGUUUGGUAUGUCAUAAUAACUAAGAAUAUUAUAUUUUACAAUCCUAGAAAUAAUAUUAAUUUGAACCACCUCAGUUUUCCUUGAUUAAUAACUCCAUUUGAUGUAUUUAUAGUGUGUUUGCAGUCCAUUCAGCACUUUGAUAUUUACAUAAUCCAUAAAAUAAAAUCAGGUUAUAAAGUAGUUGACGAGUAAAGUCAGAUGGCCUUGCAAAUAAUCAUUAGCAUGUAAAUGUCAGAAAACAUUUACCCAGUGCUCCAAAAGUCUGAGUUCACAUUGAUUAAUCUAGCUCACUAACGAAAUAAGCAAAAUGUCUGACUGCAUUCACUUUGUAAAAGGUCAAGAUUCCUUGCUUUCUUUGAAGCACACAAGAUGCCUUUUUGAGCAUUUUGUUAUACUGGUAAUAUUUGUAAUGAAAAGACUUGUAUUAAAUGAGAAAAAUGCAAAAUAGUAAUAGUUUCCCAAGUGGUCUCAGAUUUUCGGACCCCACUGUUUGUUUCCCUGAUCUCUAAAUCGGUAUUCCUUUAUAAAAAUAACUUUUUAAAGGAAUAGUUCACCCAAAAAGAAAUAUUAUCAUCAUUUGCUCACUCUCAUGUAAUUCCAGAUGUGUAUGACUUUCUUCUGUAGAACACAUGAUUAUUUUUAGAAGAAAAUUUCCGCUUUAGCUCAUUACAGUGCAUGUGAAUGGUGACUAGAACUUUGAAGCUCCAACAAGGACAUAAAGGCAGCAUACGAUAAAA